CGCUGCGCCAGGAGCCAUUGUGGCAAGGGCACUUCCGCAUUGCGUCUGCACCAGCGCGUCUCCUCGCAAAGUUGGGUGAUCCUCGGGUCCCGCUCAGCGCUCGGCUUGCGUCUCCGACAUGGAGGAAAUGCUCUCCUUCAGGGACGUGGCCAUUGAUUUCUCUGCAGAGGAGUGGGAAUGCCUAGGCCCCUCCCAGUGGAAUCUGUACAGGGAUGUGAUGCUGGAGAAUUACAGCAACCUUGUGUUCCUGGGUCUUGCUUUCUCUAAGCCAUACCUGGUCACGUUUUUAGAGCAAAGACAAGAGCCUUCAGAUGUGAAGAGACAAGAUGCUGCCACCAUGCACCCAGAUAUAAAACCAUAUAAAUGUAAGGAAUGUGGCAAAGCCUGUGAUUGGAACUCACUCCCUGAAAACCAGAGAAUUCAUCCAGAAGAGAAAGCCUACAUGUGUGAAGAAUGUGGUAAGACUUCUGUUCCUUGUUCAGUACUUUCUGAACAGCAGAUAAUUGAUACAAGAGAGAAAGCCUUCAAGUGUGAAGAAUGUGGCCAAGUCAUUUGCACUUGCUCAGGGCAUUCUAGCUACCAGAAAAUUUGCAUUGGAGAGAACCCAUACAAGUGUGAAGAAUGUGGAAAAGUGUUUUCCACUCAUUCAUGUCUUACUCAGCACGAGGUAGAACACACUGAACAGAAAUUCUAUAGCUGCGAAGAAUGUGGGAAACUGUUUCAUUGUCCUUCUCACCUCACAGAACAUCAAAGUGUUCAUUCCCAAGAAAAUUCCUUUAAGAUUGAAGUAUGUAGUGAGGUCUUUUGUUCUCCUGUAGAACUUUCUCAAGACCAAACAUUUUGUACUGAAGAGAAGCCCUACAAGUAUGAAGAAUGUGUUAAGGCCUUCAGUGCAUGCUCAGUGCUUUCUGAACACCCAGGAGUUCAUCCAGGAGAUGAAGCCUACAAGUGUGAAGAGUGUGGCAAUGCCUUUUGUGCUCUCCAUUCAGUAUCUAAACACCUGAAGAUUCAUUGUGAAGUGAAAUCCUAUAAGUGUGAAGAGUGUGGGAAAGCCUUUCCUAGUCAUCUUUCUCUGAUUCAGCACAAGAUAGGUCAUACUAGAGAGAAACCUUACCAAUGUGAGGAAUGUGGCAAAAUGUUUUACUGUUCUUCAAACCUUAAGCAACAUCAAAUAACUCAUUCUCAAGAGAAACCCUACAAGUGCGAAGUAUGUGGCAAGGUCUUUAGAACUUGCUGGCAACUUUCUAAACACCUGAGAAUCCACUCUGGAGAGAAACCAUACAAGUGUGAAGAAUGUGGCAAAGCCUUUUAUACUCUCUCAUACCUUACACAGCACAAGUUAGGUCACACCGGGGAGAAACCUUACAAAUGUGAGGAGUGUGGCAAAACCUUUUACUAUCCUUCAGUCCUUAAGGAACACCUAGCAAUCCAUUCUGGACAGAAACCAUACAGGUGUGAAGAAUGUGGCAAGGACUUCUGCACUCGCUCAGGACGUUCCAGACACCAGCGAAUUCAUACUGGAGAGAAACCUUACAAGUGUGAGCAAUGUGGGAAGGCCUUCUCUACUCAUUCAUACCUUUCUCAUCACAAGAUAGUUCACACUGGCCAUAAACCCUACAAGUGUGAGGAAUGUGGCAAAAAGUUUUACUACCCUUCUCGCCUUAAGGAGCAUCAAAGGAUUCAUUCUCAAGAGAAUCCCUACAAGUGUGAAAUAUGUGGCAAAGCCUUUUAUACUCACUCAUACUUUACUCAGCACAAGUUAGGUCACACCGGGGAGAAACCUUACAAAUGUGAGGAGUGUGGCAAAACCUUUUACUAUCCUUCAAUCCUUAGGGAACACCUAGCAAUCCAUUCUGGAAAGAAACCAUACAGGUGUGAAGAAUGUGGCAAGGACUUCUGCACUCGCUCAGGACGUUCCAGACACCAAAGAAUUCAUACUGGAGAGAAGCCCCACAAGUGUGAAGAGUGUGGGAAAGUUUUCUCUACUCAUUCAUACCUUUCUCAGCACAAGGUAGUUCACUCUGGAGAGAAACCCUACAAGUGUGAAGAAUGUGGCAAAAAGUUUUACUACCCUUCUCGCCUUAAGGAGCAUCAAAGGGUUCAUUCUCAAGAGAAUCCCUACAAGUGUGAAAUAUGUGGCAAUGUCUUUUGUACUCCCAAAGGGCUUUCUAAACACCAGAGAUUUCAUACUGGAGAGAAACCUUACAAGUGUGAAGAAUGUGGAAAAAUGUUUUACUACCCUUCUCGCCUUAAGGAACAUCAAAGGAUUCAUUCCCAAGAGAAUCCCUACAAGUGUGAAAUAUGUGGCAAAGCCUUUUAUACUCACUCAUACCUUACACAGCACAAGUUAGGUCACACCGGGGAGAAACCUUACAAAUGUGAGGAGUGUGGCAAAACCUUUUACUAUCCUUCAAUUCUUAAGGAACACCUAGCAGUUCAUUCUGGAAAGAAACCGUACAGGUGUGAAGAAUGUGGCAAGGACUUCUGCACUCGCUCAGGACGUUCCAGACACCAGCGAAUUCAUACUGGAGAGAAACCUUACAAGUGUGAGCAAUGUGGGAAGGCCUUCUCUACUCAUUCAUACCUUUCUCAGCACAAGGUAGUUCACUCUGGAGAGAAACCCUACAAGUGUGAGGAAUGUGGCAAAAUGUUUUACUACCCUUCUCGCCUUAAGGAACAUCAAAGGGUUCAUUCUCAAGAGAGUCCUUACAAGUGUGAAGUGUGUGGCAAAGUCUUUAGCGCUCACUUAGAACUUGCUGCACAUCUGAGUAUUCAUUCUGGAUAAAACCCUGCAGGUGUGAAGGAUAUGGAAAAGGCUUUAACUUAUCCAUCCUUACCUUGGGACAAAUUCUUGGAGAGGAAUCUUACUCAUGUGAGGAAUGUAGCAAAAUGUGUUAUGUUCUCCAAACCUUAAGGAACACCAGCUAACUCUUGCUGGAGGGAAAUCACAAGUGUGAGGACUGGAGGAAAGUCUUUUGUACUCAGAAUUUUCUGAAAAAGUCCACAAAUAUGGAAAAACUUCUGCUAAACUUUUUAACCUUACCCAGCACAAGCCUAUUCAUGGGAAAAUGCUGGAAAAGUUUUUACUCUUCAAUCCUUAAAAGAUCACAGAGUUCAUUUGCAAGAGAGACCCUGUAAGUAUGAGGGUUAUCAAAGCCUUUACAUAUCUUCAGGCCUUUUCAAACUCAAAUGAAUCUAUCGCAGAGAGAAGUCAAACCCUUGUGAACAAUGUGGCAAGGGCUUUAAUAAUCAACACUUUCUAGCCUCCAAAAAUAUUUAUACUGGGGAGAAACACUACAAAUGUGAACGAAUUGAUAAGGCUUUUAAAGGCUCUUCAUCUGUUAGCACAAAGGUAUUGGUACUGAAAAGAAACCUUACAAUGGUAAAGAAUAUUAUGAAGGUUUCGUUUAUCAUUCCGCCCUUGCUUAACAUCAGAGAAUUCACACUUGGGAUGAUCUCAACAAAUGUGCAGAAUAUAGCCAGGUGAUUAGCUAUAAUUUGUCAUUGCAUAAGCAUGAAAGAGUACUCUAGAAAGGCAAAGUAUGUGGCAAUGUCUUUAGCAGUUUUUCAUACUUUAAAUGUCCUCAGAGACUUCAUACUGGAAAGAAUCUACACAUAAAUAUAAUGUGUCACACACUUUAAUAUUUCAAAUCUCAGUCGACACCAAAGAUUUCCAUAAGCGUCAUUAUUCAACUUCACACCUCUGCAUUUUCUAGGGGAAUCUCAGCUGUGUGGUUACCUAGAUCUGAGUGGCUUAGGGAUGUGUCUAUGGAAUGUUGGAUGGAUACUGACUUAUGCCCAGUCCCACCCCUGGGCAGGUGGUCCUCAGUAAAUGAGAAUUCUGACCAAGCAGAAAUCCAAGGGAGCAAGCCAGUAAGCAGAAUUCCUCAGUGGCUUCUACUUUACUUUUUGCCUCAAGGUUUCUCCCUUUGGCUGAAUUGGCUGAUUAAUUCCUAAACUGGAAUAAACCCUUUCCUCUCCUAAGUUAUGUUUUAGUCAUGGCAUUUAUCACAGCAACAGGCAUCAAAGUCAGACAACAAUGGACAUGGAAGGCUUUUCAGUUUCUUUAUACCUUGAUUAUAAUCAGAGUUUAUACUGGGGAGAAUGUCACAAUGUCUUCUAGAGUGGAGAAUCAGACCCCUAGCAUCAGCUAAGAACAUCUGAGACCUAUAGCAGAGACUUUCCUUUGCUGUAAUCUACAAACCUAUUCUUUUAGACAAUGUUUUCAAGGUAUAUCAGUUGAUUGUUCUAACUAUAAAUGUUUCCAGAAAUUGUUACCAUGUUGUCAGACUAUACUUGGGUAACCUGAAUCUAGAUUCCUGAGCCAUGAUCUAUAUGGCGAUUUCUCCCUUGGGGUCCCCCAAUUGUGUAAGUAACCCUUUCCCUUUGGUCUGUAAAAGAAACCCAAUAAAUUCACUUUUCUCAUCAA